AUGCCUCCUGCAUCUAAAGUUGUUACUGGUACAAAGAAACGAAUCUGGCAUGAGAUUAUUCGAAGAUUGGCUCUUGAAUGUGUGACUGUCAUGCUAACAGCUAGAGAUGAAAAGAUAGGAUCAAAUACAGUAUCAUUGCUUGUGUCGGAUGUUGUUCCUAUUGCAUGUCGGGCAGAACAUUUAUACGAUAAGGAACACAAACUUGCCUAUCUUCUGACGAUCCCCUCCCAUAUACGAUUCUGGGGUAUUGAUUCAGGAAUUCGACAUAGUGUCGGUGGUGCAGACUAUGGAUCUGUGAGAAUAGGUGCCUUUAUGGGGCGUAAAAUCAUCAAGUCUAUUGCGUCAGGGUCGUUGCCUAAUUCAUCAUCCAGUGCUAAUACACCAGAGCAAGUAAAUGAACUCGAAGAAGAUGGUAACGAACUACGUGAAGCUGAAGCUUCCCUUGAUUAUCUAUGUAAUCUUGCGCCUCACAGAUAUGAAGCAGUGUAUGAAAAGAAGCUUCCGGAAUCUAUACUUGGGGAAACAUUCUUGGAAACCUACCUUGACCACAAACGCAGUUAUGCAGUUAAAGCACCGGCCAGACAUCCAAUCUAUGAGAAUUUCCGUGUCAAGGCUUUUAAAGCACUACUAACAGCUGUAUCAUCUAAUGACCAAUUUUCUGCUCUUGGAGAACUCGUGUACCAGUGUCAGUACAGUUAUAGUGCUUGUGGACUUGGAUCUGAUGGAACGGAUGGGCUAGUAAAAUUGGUGCAGGAAAUGCAACACUGUAAAGUGUCUAAAUCUGAAAAUGGAACUCUGUUCGGAGCAAAGAUUACUGGUGGAGGCUCCGGUGGCUCUGUUUGCAUACUAGGAAGGAACUGUCUAACAAGCAGCGAACAGAUUCUAGAGAUUCAGAAAAUGUACAAAGCUGCCACAGGAUUCAAGCCAUUUGUUUUUGAAGGUUCUUCCCCAGGUGCCGGAGAGUUUGUGUAUCUGAAAAUUCGGCGCCGUUUUCCACCAACAGAAGCUUAGUUUUCCCCCCUCUAACAAUCCGAAGCACUUUUGAGUAAUUUUUUUCAUUCUGAUUUUACUAUUGUUUGUAGUUAUUAAGAUUCUAAUUCUUGUUAUUGAGACUACUAGAAUUAUGAAUCAUCUAUAAGUUAAGUCGUAAGUUGUAACCCUUCAUUUUCUGAAAGGGUUGUUUCUGUAAUAGAAAGAAAAAUCAUUCAUGCCAA